CAGAAUUUUACCAUCAUAGGGUCCUCUAUUCCUUCUUCCAUUUUUUCUAUCUGCAUAAAUACCUUUCUCUGAGUAUAGUAGUAAUAAAGGGACAAGAUUAUUAAAAAAACCAAAACUUGAGAUUCUUCAGUUUAAGGUUGUCAUGUUUUGCUGCUAGAGAUUGUCCUUUCCUUUACAAAUUCUGAAUGAUGCUCAGCUUCUGAGGUUGAUCUCACUGUGAAGAUUAAAAAUACUUCACUGCGGCACCAUGAAACUUUGUCAAAUGAAUAAUCCUUGACGCCCAAUAAACGUGCACACCAAACUGCAUAGGUCAUAUAUAGACGAGGCAGGAACAAUCUUUUCAAUGCAAGCAUCACGACGCAGAAGAUCAGCCAUGUCUAAUACUCUUUACUAUCAACCUGUGCAGAAGGCAGAGGCCUAUUAUCUGCCUCAGUUUCAAACUUUAGACAGCCACUUGAGUGGUAAUCACUCUAUUUACCACUCACCAUCAACUACUAGUUUCUCAUCAAAUGGAAGCUCGAUUUGCCAUCAAGAAUCUCAGACGUACCUGUCAGAUGUUCGCCAAUCCCCUGAGACUAACUAUGGCUCCCCCAUUAGCGGAUCUUGUAUUACAGAUGAUGUGAAUGAUUUCAUGCACAAGCUAAAAGAACUGGAAACCGUAAUGCUGGGACCUGAUUCGGACUUCCUGGAGUGUUACGAUAAUUCCUUGUCAAGCAGUAUAGCUUCCCAAGAAAUUGACAGCUGGCGGCAAAUGAUGGAGGCCUUUCCUAGACGGGAUCUGAAACAGGUUCUUAUCGCUUGCGCAAAAGCAGUUUCCGAUGGUGAAUUACUAACAGCACAAGUGUUGAUAUCUGAGUUGCGUCAAAUGGUGUCUGUAUCAGGCGAACCAAUUCAGAGACUGGGAGCGUAUGUCUUAGAAGGGCUUGUUGCAAGGUUGGCUAAAUCAGGAAGUUCAAUAUGUAAAUCCUUGAGAUGCAAAGAACCCGCAAGUUUUGAGCUGUUGUCUUAUAUGCACGUUCUUUAUGAAAUCUGCCCGUACUUCAAAUUUGGAUACAUGUCUGCUAAUGGUGCCAUUGCAGAAGCAAUGAAGUAUGAAAAUAGAGUUCAUAUCAUUGAUUUCCAGAUUGCUCAAGGGAGUCAGUGGGUCCCUAUGAUCCAAGCUUUUGCAGCUCGUCCUGGUGGAUCCCCACAUAUCCGCAUAACAGGCAUUGAUGAUUCCACUUCAGCUUAUGCUCGUGGAGGAGGGCUUAACAUUGUGGGCCAGAGGCUUUCUAAACUCGCUAAGUCUUUCAAGGUCCCUUUCGAGUUUCACGCUGCUGCCAUGUCUGGUUCUGAUGUUCAGUUAGAAAACCUUGGAAUUCAACAUGGCGAAGCACUGGCAGUAAAUUUUGCUUUCACAUUACAUCACAUGCCAGACGAAAGUGUGAGCACUGAAAAUCAUCGGGAUAGACUAUUACGGAUGGUCAAAAGUCUCAACCCCAAGGUGGUUACCCUUGUUGAGCAAGAAUCUAAUACAAACACUGCUGCUUUCUUUCCUCGAUUCCUUGAAACUUUGGAUUAUUAUACAGCCAUGUUUGAAUCAAUCGAUAUGACUCUUCCAAGGGGACACAAGGAGCGAAUCAAUGUUGAGCAACAUUGUUUAGCGAGGGACGUUGUUAACAUUAUUGCAUGUGAGGGAAUUGAAAGGGUAGAGAGGCAUGAACUUCUUGGUAAGUGGAAGUCGCGUUUUAGAAUGGCUGGUUUUAGCCCAUAUCCAUUGAGUUCAUUGGUGAACGCUACGAUCAAGACAUUGCUAGACAGCUACUCUGAUAAGUAUAGGCUUGAAGAAAGAGAUGGGGCUCUUUACCUUGGUUGGAUGAACAGAGAUUUGGUUGCUUCUUGUGCCUGGAAAUAACAAAAUGGUUCUUUUUUAGGAUGUCAUUCAACAAACUGGAAGCAAGAAUGUUCUCUUUGGUCCUUUUUUUCUCCCAUUCCCUCAACACUCUUCCUCUCUGUAAUAGCUGAAGUGAUAAUAGUGAGAAAUAGGUUCCUUGUCAAGUGUAUUACUUUUUUUGGUAAACAAAAAACUUUUAUUACCAAGUAGAAUUAUGUACAAAUAAAGCGUAUCACUUGAUCAAUCAAAGUUGAAGCUUAUUUCCUGGAA